AUGGCCGACAUCAGCGACCGCCUCGAGGUCAAGGUCGUGUCGGCCCGGUCGCUCAGCGAGGUCGAGGGCGGCGAGUGCAACCCCUUCGCCGUCGCGCGCUGCGGCUCCGAGUUCGGCCAGACGCUGGUCGCGAACCGGACGACGGACCCCGAGUGGCAGUCGUCGACGAUGAUCUUCGUCGACAUCGCGGAGAACGACGUGGACCACAUCGUGCUCAACGUCAUGCACAAGAACCUGAGCGCCCAGGCCGACGUGGACCUCGGCGCCGCCAUCGUCGACCUGCGGACCGCGAUCCUCUCGCCGGGCAUCGAGACCGACGAGUGGUACGCGCUCCAGCGGGCGCCGGGCAUGGACCAGCCCGCGACGGGCCGCUGCAUGGAUUUGCGGGUCUACGACGCGCGCGUCGGCCUCACGACGGGCCUCCAGUCGCCGUUGCUCGGCGCGACGUCCGUGGACCUGUCGACGAAAAUGUCCUGGAACGGCGAGGGCUACGUGCCGCCCCAGAUGGAGCUCUUCGAGGACUCGGACGCGAAGCGGCGCGCGGACGAGCGCGAGGAGGAGGAGCGCGCCAAGGCGGCCGCCGCGGACGCCGAGGACGAGGAGGAGGAGAACGACGGCGGCGCGGGCGCCGGGUCCGUGGGCAUCUCCUUCGGGGGCGGCGACGACGGCGACGCCAACGAGGAGGACGACGACCUCAACGACGGCGAGGACGUCGACCAGCACGAGUUGGAGAGGCGGGGCCUCGUCGAGGCCAAGGGCGCGGCGCCCGCGCCGACGCACGACCCGGGCACGGGCGCCUUCGACCCCAUGGCGCUGAGCGACCUGCCCAUGAUCUACGAGGAUCUGCUCUACGAGGAGGAGCAGGAGCGGCUGGCGCAGGAGCUCGCGGCGCAGGACGCGGCCGCGGACAACGAGAUCACGUUCCUCGACAUGGUCGAGGCGCGCCUCGCCAACGCGACGGACGUCAACGCCCUCGUCGACGGCGACGUCCACUACAAGAUGAGCGAGCUGCCCAUCGCCUUCCCGAACCAGUGGGCGGCCGCGGACUACAUCGCGGGCCGCGAGUGGUGGAUGGACGACCGCGGCGGCACAGAGCUCGAGAACUACCUCAAGACCAAGCCCUUCGAGACCUACCCCGUCUACCGCGGCAAGUACCACCCGAACCCGUCCAAGUCGACGCGGCGGCCCGUGGGCCUCUUCAAGGGCAUCAUCCGCGUGCUCGACAGCGACCCGGCGUUCGAGGAGGAGCCCUUCUUCCCCAUGAAGCUGCUGCGCGCGACGCCCUACACGGUGCGCGUCUACGUGAUCCGCGGCGUCAACCUCCAGCCCGCCGAGGGCGUGUCCGCGGACCCCUACCUCCGCGUGAAGCUCGGCAGCGAGGUCGACGACCGGUCGAAGACCCACCGGCCGCGGACGUUGAAGCCCGACUUCUACGAGACCUUCGAGUUCCGCACGGUGCUGCCCGGGCCGGCGACUUUGAAGGUCCAGGUCAAGGACUGGAACCGCUUCUACCCCAUCCACGAGCUCCUCGGCGAGACCAAAAUCGACCUCGAGGACCGGUGGUUCCACCGCGAGUGGCAGUCGCUGGACGAGAAGAAGGAGGGCACGACGAACCCGCUGAAGCCCAUCGAGGUGCGGGGCCUGCGCACGGACACGAACCCCGUCGCCCAGGGCCAGGUCCACAUGUGGCUGGAGAUCCGGCCCGAGCACGAGACGCGGCGCGAGCCGGCC